UUUUUUUAAGAAAACACAAAAGAGUUUGUGUUUCAUUUCAUGGACCGGGGAGAGAACAUCAGUACAGGUACAACCUCCCAGGAGGAGGGACACACGCACACACAUCAUCGUCCAGCUAGACUCAGAGCCUCAAGGCUGCGUCACAGACGUUGCAGGCGCCUCCGAAGAAGACUGCAUCUCCAGGGCUGUCCGGGCCAACGUACCUUCCACCCAUAUGUGCCUAGGAGAUGGCAGGACCCAGCCAGAACUAGCGAAGCCAUCGUCUUGGACAUGCCGGCGCCGGCGUACAUUGCGCCCUGGAUUCCCACGCUCUAUGCUGCAGCCCUCAUCACAACAUUGCAAUACCAGCAAGCCUCGCCGGAAAGACCGGGGAGGCCACCAUCUCCAGCUGCAGCGUCGGGGACUCCAAAUGCGACCGAAGCAGCACCUUCAAGAAGGGAACGGCGCUGAGACGCCGCCGCUGCCUUGUCCAGUGAAGGACCAAUGGUUUAUCCCGGUGCUCGAGGAGAGGAUCUAGUCCGGGCCAUGACAGCGCCUCCAUGGAGGUAACGACACCCUCAGGCGUCGCCAUUGUCAGUGCAGGCCAUCGCCACGCAGGGAUUUUGCCCCGGCACAAGACCAGAACCCCAAAUACCUCCGAAGCAGAGCGGACAGGAGACGGGGGAGCAGAUCGCCUGAGAGGACCACCAGCACCGAGAGGGAAACCACGUAUCAUCACCGUCGAUGUAGGGAAGCACCGGCCAACACAGUGUAGCAGCCGCCGGAUGGCUGCCAAACAAGGCCGGACACCGCAGGGGGGCGUGUCGAGCAGGGCUAGUGGUGCCAUCGCGGGACCUGCCACCUGCAUCAUGCCGCCGCCGACCAUGGCCGCUGCCGUGCUGUCCCGCAGCCUCCGUCACCCGGAUCCGCCGGGCACAGCCAAGCAGCCGCAACCGCCCCCCGCCCCCAAAGGGUUGCGCCGAGCCGCCCCCGUGCUCGCCAUGCCAGAUCCAGAGGCCCGGCCCUCUGGAUCCGGGGCCGCCAUCGUGAAACCCUAGACCCGGAGAAGCACAACUCCGCCAGCCUCGUCAAGCCCCACGCUUGAGGGGGAAGGCCACCUGGGAGCGAAGUCCCGCUGCCAUCGGAUACGCCAGGGCUUUGCCCAGCGUGGAGCACCGGCGGCGGCAUUGGGAGGGGAGGAGGAGGGGAGGGAGGGAUCGAGGGCUGCGUCGCCUCCCAGGUCGCCCGUGGGGAGGGCGACGCGGGAGUGGGGGGAGGCGUGAAACUGGCAAGUCUUCUCUUAGAACCUCUUGUCAAUGCAACAAUACCUCUCUAUUGUGCUUCAGUUUUGUAUCGACUUGGUAAGUAACAGCAUACGCAUAUAUUUGGUGAUCUAAACGCUCUUAUAUUUCUUUAAGGAGGGAGUACUAAUGUAGUUUCAUUCAAUACAUUUCACAUGGAGGUAAGAAUGCUUCAUAUAUUUUGAAUAUGGUUUGAUGAGAAACAAAAGAACAAACCUGAAUGGUUAUGCCUUACACCAGAACUGUACCUAAAUAUGAUCGAUGCACUCAAAAUUAUCAGAAGUUCCUUUGAAUCUUUAGAGCAUUAGCAGUGAAAGCAAUUUUAGAACACAGGCAGCUACUCCAAAUCUAGUGAACAUAGUAAGUUUACAGAGUAAAUCAUCACAGGUUCCAAGCAAUAACAAAAGCGUGGUGUGUUUGCAUAGGCUCAUGUACUCAACUUACUGCUAGUUAUGUUAUUUGAUGCAGCAGGGAGAAUUGUGAAGAAUCAGAACAACUCGUG